GUCAUCUAUACUCCAAUUUUCACCUUUGGCGAAGCAUAUUGUAUUCUCUGUAUUUUUUUCUGUUUGCUUUUUUUCUUCUUCUUCUUUUUCUUACGUCCUUUAACUUGCUUCAGACCUACUUUGCUACGAUACCUGGUUUCUCGCACGGAAUCACCCCGCCACUUUUCUACCGACAUCGACCGUGUGAUCCAGCUUUGCUAGCAACCCUUUUGCCUUGAGGAGAUUUGAGAUAUUUUUAUCAGUCACCUAGCAAUUUAAGCUCGAAGCUCCCCCAUUUAUUCUUUUUGCCUUGUUCACAGGAUCCUGGAACUAGGACAAUCGCAACAUUACCUCGACCUUUUAAAAGCACCUCACCAAGAAAAGCUGAGCUAUCGUAUCUCCAUCCAGGACAUUCAUUGCUUGAGUCGGAGCAACGUGGUAAAGAGGCUGCACAGCAAAACAAUCAGAUGCCAAACCUAGUCCUAGACUCUCUCGUGCCAUCCUUCCUCAUUGAGCCGGUUUUGCGGCAGGCCCGCCGAUUCUCCCGCGGCAACGCCGCCGUCCCCGGGCCGGAUACUUCAGGCGGUCCCGGUAUCGGCGAGGACAAUUUAUCUUCUUCAUCAACUGCAAUCGCCGAGGAGAUAGAAACCGUCUCGUCUCCUCUCAGUCCAUCUGCUGCUUCAGGUCGGGUUGCAUCUGCAUCCUUGGCGGUGGCUAAUUUCACCCCGCCGCACGUGCAUCCUUGUCAAACAACGCCAUCAUCAUCAUCAUCACUACCACCAAAUUCAUCGCCGCUGCUGACACUACCAACCUUGUCGGAUCUGGCGGAACCGCAAUCCCCUUCGCUGUUUGCCGAAGACAACGACAUGAGCAAUUCGACAAACGACACCGACAACAACCAGACAUGGAGUGAAGCGGGCUUGGCUGCGGCCCGGGCACAGGCUUGGGCCGCGACCCCGGCGGCGCCGUCGCCGUCUUCAGCGACCGAGGACGAUUGGCACCGGGUCAUGCGCCUCCGGAUCCUGGACGUGCAGUCGCGCGACAUACCCGAGAAGGAAAAGGCCGCGUUGCUGCACAGGCUGUUGACCGAGAACCAUCAUCGACUGCGUCAGCAAAAAAUCUCCAGCGGAGCCGGCGGCAAGGGUCCGAUUCAGAUCGACACGGAGGGCCGUACGUCGGCGGAGCAAAAGCAAGGCGGCAGUAGCUACCUGGGCGCGCUCAAGUUCUGGCAGCUUUCCCCCGGCGAGGCAUCCACAGCCACCAAGUUCCUGCUCACCGAGGAGGACAUUGCGCCAACUUUUUGGAAGCCCAAGUCAGGAAGCGGCGGUUGCGGACAGAGUAGCCUGGGUGAUGACGUGUUUGGGUCGGCGCAGUCAAAGUCGGCGGCGGUCGGGGACGGCAGCAGCAGCUGUGAUCAAGCCCAGCAGCGCUACCUGGGCUGCGAGCACUACCGGCGCAACGUCAAGCUGCAGUGCAACAGGUGCUCCAAGUGGUACACCUGCCGGAUCUGCCACAACGACAACGAGGACCACGAGCUGCCGCGGCGCGAGACUAAACACAUGCUGUGCAUGGCGUGCGGCUACGCGCAGAGGGCGUCGGACGAGUGCGUCAAGUGCGGUCAGCUGGCGGCGAGGUAUUACUGCGAUGAGUGCAAGCUCUGGAACGACAAUCCGGACGUGAGCACGUAUCAUUGCCGCGAGUGUGGCAUCUGUCGGAUCGGGGCCGGGUUGGGCAAGGACUUUGUGCACUGCAAGGAAUGUGGAAUCUGCAUCGCAAUUGAAACAGAGACCUCACAUCGCUGCCGCUCAGGUGCGAUGGAUUCCAACUGCCCAAUCUGCACCGAGGAUCUCUUCACGUCGACCAAGCAAAUAAUUCACAUCAACCCGUGCCGGCACUUGAUCCAUAAGCGAUGCUACGACGAAUACCUCAAGUCAAACUACAAGUGCCCGAUCUGCAGCAAAACAAUGUCCAACAUGGAAAGCCAGUUCCGCAAGAUGGAUCAGCACAUUGCGGACCAGCCGAUGCCGGCCGAGUACCGCGACGUGCGCGCCAUCAUCUACUGCAACGACUGCGAGGCCAAGAGCCAGACGCUCUACCACUGGGUCGGGAUGAAGUGCAGCAUCUGUCAGGGCUACAACACGAGGGAGAUCAAGGUCGUCGGCGCCCCCGUCGAAAUGUCGAGCGAGGCGGCCAGGCUGCAGGAGGAGAUGACAGGCCAGCAGCCGCCGCUCCAGGGCUCAAUGACCGACGCGGCACUCGCCGCGGCUGCCAGUCAGGAACGCUCCGAACCUAUCGAUUCUGGCCUGAGGCGACUAACCGACGCCGAGGAGGCGGUCGUCAGGCAUUGGGCGACUACUACGGAAAGAUCCGGUCCUGGCUCGCGCGCACCUCCACCAUUUUGGCCUCCCAGCUUCGGCAGAGGCGACGCGCCCGAAGGAAUCAAUGGCGACCAGUCGAUCCUCGACCUGCCGCCGAGACUCAUAGAAGCCACGGCGCUCGCCAGGGGGCCGGGGGUGUUUGGACUGGCGGACACGCCGGCCGGGCGGCUGUUGGCCAUGGGGUACGCCAGGCACCUGGCCGCGAUGGAUGCAUGGGAGAGGCACGACCUGGGCGGGCCGCGGCCGGCGGGGGCGAGGCCCGUCGGUGGUGGAGACGAUCGCUCUGGAGCAGCAGCAGUGGGACAAGGGGAACGGACGGAUAUCGACUGGGCGCUGGACUGGUUGGGGAGCAUCGGGUUGAGGAGCGACGAGGAGGACGAGGUCGAGUCUGAAGAUGACGAUAGCGAAAGCAGCGACGAGGAUGAAGAUGACGACGUUGCUGGGAAUGGAGACGAUGUAGACGAUGACGACGACGAUGAUAUUGUCUUGAUGGGUCACCGGUAGGCAAAAGAGAGAGAAGGGGAGAGAGAGAGAGAAAGGGAGAGAGAGAGAGAAAGGGAGAGAGAGAGGG